AUGACGGCGACUACUUUCAAGUAUAUCGACCCUUCGUCGUACGAGAAGAGCGAUGUUGCAUUCGUGAAGCCCUGGGCCAAGGUCGAUGGACCUGGCUAUUCAUUUCAUCUUAUUGAUCGCAAGCGCUCGGUGGAGGAUAUUCGUGGCAAUGAGUCGAAUUUCAGCACCGACACAGCAGGAUUUGCCGUUUAUAAUUACCCAGCGAAGGAGAAGUCGUUCACCGACGAUCAGGCUGUUCGCGAUGGAUACUACUCCGAGGUCGAGCAAGUACUACGUGAUAAAUUACCGGGCAUUAAAAAGGUGGUUAUCUUCGACCACACCAUCAGAAGAAGACAAAAGGCGUCUCCCAGACAACCAGUACAACAGGUCCACGUUGACCAGACCCCGAACGCAGCAGCAAUUCGAGUGCGUCGACAUUUGCCUGCGGAGGAAGCCGAGGAGCUUCUGAAGGGACGAUACCAGAUUAUCAACGUGUGGCGACCGAUCGAAAACCCGGCCUCUGAUUUCCCUCUCGCAGUUGUGGAUUGGCGAUCCACCACGCCCUCUGAUUUCGUGAAGGUCGACCUCCUUUACCCCAAAAGAGACGUCACGAAUGGUGCCCACGACGAUGACGACCGAGGCAAGGAAGUUCUCCCAGACCCAACCUCUGCGAGCUCCACCGAUGGAUAUGAGGUCAAGGGCGAAACGUACGGUGUGCAGCCGAAUGAUAGCCACAAAUUCUAUUACUAUAAAGACAUGACGCCCGAAGAGGUUAUGUUCAUCAAGUGCUUUGAUUCUUACAGCCAGGUCAACGGUGGGAAGAAAGGUUUGGCCGACUGUACUCCACACACGGCAUUCGUCGAUCCCCAGACUGCGGCUGAUGCCCCAGGUAGACAGAGCAUUGAGGUGAGAUGUCUGGUGUUCUAUGAAUAG